ACAACUAUACAACACAAAACAGGACUCAUUUAUACAGAGAAAUGAAGAAAUUACUCUUUGCCACAGUGUAGCUUCACUGUAUAAUUUUAUGCUCAGGCACAGACAGAGCUACCACACAGGCUCAUUUCCACGCCUAAAGCUGGAAUUACUAAACCCACACUGGCAAAGCUGGAACAUGCAGACUACUCAUAGAAAGGAUCUCUUUUUUUAUUUCUUUGCACAGUCGAGGAGCGUAUCAGGUCACAUUUCAGUGCGUGUUAUACCUGUAUAACCAUGCGCGUGACAAACAAACAAUCUUGAAUCUAGCUCACUAAACUUCUUGCUUCUAAUUAUACAGUCACCAACCAAAAAAUGUUGUUGAUCUGAUGGAUAUAAAUUUUAGCUGCAACAUUUGGGUCACAGUUUGGUGUGGUGUGAAAGCAUGGAUCCAUUUUGCCUUGUAUCAACUGUUCAGGCUGCUGGUGGUGGGAGAUGUUUAUUUGGCAUGCUUUAGCCCCAUUAGUACCAACUGAGCAUGUUUUUAAAUGCCACAGUCUCCCUGAGUAUUUUUGCUGACCAUGUCCACUCUUUUAUGAUGACAGUGGACCUAUCUUCUGGUGGCUGCUUUCAGCAUGAUAACACACCAUGUCACAAAGGUCAAAUCAUCUCAAACUGCUUUCUUGAAAAUGACAAUGAGCGCAUUGUACUCAGGUGGCCUCCACAGUCACCAGACCUGAAUCCGAUAGAAUGUGGUUGAACGGAAGAUCAGUAUGUGCAACCGACAACUAUCAGCUGUGUGAUGCUAUUGUGUCAGUAUGAACAAAUCAUCAAUCAAUAUCAGGUUGAAUUAAAGCAGCACUGUACCGCAAAAUGAAUACUAACAUGUACCUUAUGAAGUGGCUGCUAAGUGUAUACUUCUAAGAUUAAGUUAUGGACUAUGUGUAUUCAUGAAAAUGGAGCGCAUUUUAAAAUAUUAAACAGUUUAAUUCUCUGUAAACUGCCCAGCAAAUCAGGCUGUAAGUGAGUUCAGUAGACGAUUUUUUUUUAAAAGGCUUUUGCAAUUCUUCGAGUGCAGUUCUGCGUGCACUGCCACCAGAGGGCUGUAUAAACUUGGAAUUGGCAUUACAUUCGAGACUUCUCUGCUUUAUAUUCAGCUUGAAAUGUGAGAAUUCACACAACCUCAGCAGUAUCACCUGCUGGGUUUAGAAAGUUAAGAAAUGUACAGUGGUUUCGCAGUAUGAGUGGCAGGCUGAAACUCCAGGCCGGGCUCCCAUGAAUAAAACAGUCAGUGUGAAAAAUCAAAGAAAAAAGUACAGUCACUGAAGUUUCAGGGACUUUCUGUGAACUUAACAUCAGUGAAUACAUUUUUAAUCUUCAGCAGAGUUUCAGAAUCAAACAUCCUUUAUUAUAUUCUUUUUGUUUUAACUCUUUAGCCAUCACGUGUCAGGUAAGCAAAAUAGUUAUAGAUUUACAUGUUUAUGAAAACACGGCUGUCAAACAAGAGCUGGUGCUGAAUAACAGAGCAUUUUUAUGUUGUCACAGACAGGCUGAAUGAAUCAGUGUAGCCGACCACAGAUGGCCUGUGAUUCCUACAUUUUUCUCUCUGUAAAUGUAGGCAUUCACACUAGCGAUAGCCUUUGAGCCUUGGCACAAGUGAUUCAUACUUCUCAUUUCAAUAGAGUGAUCAGAUGGCUCGCUCACAACCUGUCAAACACACCUUUUGUUUUUGACCUAGAUUUUUCAACUGCCUUCCAGUAUCAAAGGUAACCGUCAGUGGGUAGAAGAAAACAUCCUUGAGCAACUCAAAGAGGAGGUACAAGAAAAGAGUGAAUAAGAAGAAGAGCAGGAGGAAAGCGAAAAAAGGGGAGGAAGAGGAGGAGGAGGAGGUGGUGGGCACUGUGGAGUAGUUUCCCAGUCGUCAUGACGACCUCACACCCCACCAUCCUGCUAUCUUCUUGUUACCACGGUGACCUGAUCCCGUUUCAUCUCCGCUCUUCUUGAUGAUCCGGAUUGGCUCGAUAAAUAAGUGCGAUCCGGGAGUGCCUCUUCUUAUUUCAGGAACGAGCUUGCGGACGCGAGAGCAGAUCCCACGCAGGGACGCAGAUUGGAGGACAGGACUGGGAAUGCUGUGGGAGUAACUCCGGAGCGUUGCCUGGAAACAGCAGCAUGCCAGUACAACAGAUAACUGUGGUUCCGUCCAGGGACAUAGCCAACAAUGGCAAGAGUGCUCUUCGCUCCAAAGACAAGACCGAGGGGAGGAAGGCACCUGGGCGCUCAGGGAGUCGAUCCAGCAACAUCUCCAAGGCUAGCAACUCGACUGCAGGGCUCACUACAGCCUCAAGGACAUCCAUAACACCAUCCGCUCAGGACAUAUGCAGUUCUGGACAGCUGACCCGCUUAGAGGAGGAUGUGUCUGAGUCACGCAAACACAAAAAGCACACGCACAACUCCUCUGCAAUGACGGUCACUGGCACCACUCUGGGCUCAUCGGCUCAGGCACAGAAAAAGCAGGUGAAGCGACGUCACCGCCGCAAGAGAAGCAGCUGCACGGCCAUCGACUGCGUGGAAACCAAUGGCAAGCACGACCACAGCGACCGGAGCCUCAGCUCUGACCGUAGUGAGCUGGGCGAGAAGAGGGAGCACUCCUUCAGGAACCGGAGGGAUCUCCCGCCUCGCUUCCGGUGCACAGGUGCGCCGCAUUCAGACUCCUCUGAGGAUGAGGCGUGCCGCGAGAGCCGCAGCUGGAGCAAAGAGAAAGCCAGAAGAGCGCGCCGCCGCAGCGGGAGCAGCCGGGACAGGGAGGUGAUAAACCCACACAAAGGAGGAGAAGACAAAGCCGAGAUCAUGGAGCUGCAAUCUGUGGGCUCAGAUGAAGGGAAAGAGAGUCAACCUCUGAUGGAGGACAGCAGCGGCCUUAAGAAGCGCCACAACCACGGGAGCUCAGUGAAGAGAGACGGCCAUGCAUCGCAGAGGGAUCGAUCGCAGGGCAGAGAUAAGGAUACGAAGAGCUACAAGUCACAGAGCCCAAGAGGCAGCUCCUCAUUGGCCGACGACGGCGAGGAGCUCAUCACCAAGAGAUACCAGGAGAAGGGUUCAGGGGGCGGGGACAUGUCAGUGCCCACACUCCAGAAACACUGUGGUGCGAAUGGGAACACACCGCAUCCCUGCUCUGACGACUCUGAGCUGGAGGUCUGCAGGAUCUGCCACUGUGAGGGGGACGACGAGUGUCCGUUGAUAAUGCCCUGUCGCUGCACGGGAAGCCUCAGUUUUGUUCAUCAGGCCUGUCUCAACCAGUGGAUCAAAUCCUCCGACACUCGCUGCUGUGAACUCUGCAAAUUUGACUUCAUCAUGGAGACGAAGCUCAAACCUUUAAGCAAGUGGGAGAAGCUACACAUGUCGAAGAGCGAGAGGAGGAAGAUCUUCUGUUCAGUGCUGUUUCACCUGAUAGCGAUAAUGUGUAUGUUGUGGUCGGUCUACAUUCUGGUGAGGAGAACUGCUGAAGAGAUCCGACUCGGAAAGAACGCCGAAUUAUGGAGAGUUUCUCUUCUGAAGUACUAUACGCCGCAGGGUGUGCUGGAGUGGCCCUUCUGGACUAAGCUGAUUGUGGUGGCCAUUGGCUUCACGGGUGGCCUCAUCUUUAUGUACAUCCAGUGUAAAGUCUACCUGCAGCUGUGGCGCCGCCUCAAGGCCUUCAACCGCAUCAUCACUGUGCAGAACUGUCCUGAGAAGGACCUGCACAACCCCCAGGCCCGGCAAAGCACCAUCGCCAAUGGCAGGCAUGAAACCGUGGAGGUGCCGGUCAGCCAGGCCCCAGCUCCGGCAGCUCUGAUGGACUCGGACACGUCAGUGGAGGCUGCCGUGGCGCCGGCGCAAAACCCUGUUUGACUUAUCUCCUCCUGCUCCGAGAACAGUCCCUUAUCCCACUCUGCUCAUGGUAAUGUCAAUGAGCACAGUGAGAUUUGGACUUGUGCAGUGUUGUAAUGUUGUUCUCAACUCCAGUGGGUGCUGUUGGACAAACGAACUGAUCCGGUCCUUCGGUGAUCCAGAAAAGUUGGGGUCAGAAGGGCUUCACGAAGAAAGGAAGAGGGGCAGAGUGUGGAGAGAGGACAGAAAACAAAGCCAUCGGCACAGAACGCUUGUAAAGACCGUGUUUUGUGGUUUACCGACACUAUUUUAUCCCUGUAUGCACUUUCUCAACCUGCACUGAUAUGAGUUAAAGAUGUGAACACUCUGCAGAUGCUCAUCAAAGGUCUCAGUAUGUUUCAAAUGAAUCACGCAUAUGACUCAUAAUCAGUCCCCACAUCAGCUGACACUGUCACACAUCCACAAGGCGGGACAAUUAAGCUGCUUCAGCUUUUACCACCCAGCUUCUCCGACCUACUUUCACUGAUGCUGCCACUGUUCUGUAAGGGGGACUUGCUGCUGCUCUUGCUGAGAGCUGGGAGGUCCCAGAAGAGAGCCUACACAGUCCUGAUUGGCCCAGCUGAAGCCUCGCGUGAAUUGUCGAAUCAGACAUGCAACAUUGUAGCAGAUAAGGGCUACUCUGAAACGCUCCAGAUUCAGUCACUGCAGCCACGGUGCUGACUCUGAGAUCUGUAACACAUCUGUGCCCCUGGUGUUCACUGAGACUUCUCCAUUUAGAAGUUGAGCUGCUGUCGUAUUUUUGAACAAAACAUAUGGACCAAUCACUUUACAUGAAGUGCAGAUCUAUGACCCGCAGACACACUACUCAAAAGUUUUUAAUGAAUUUGGAAAAGUUGUCAAAAGUGAGAGUGAGGCAGGAUAAAAAAAAUACAAUAGCUUGAGUUUGUUUUAAACCUGCCUGAUCAGGCCUGUGUGACAAGCUCUGAAGCAUACUGAGACCUUUACUCUCCUUUUGGACAAUCAGGUCUUCAGACACCAAAGAGUCAGAUGUUAUAAGUAGAGAAACAGACCGUAAACUGAACCUUUAGCUCAGUCUGAGAUCUAAAAACGUAAUAGUCUGAAAGUUAUCGUCAGAUUAUUUGUUAAAAUAGAAAGUCUCCAGUAGCCCAGUCGUUUGCAGCUUCGGAUGUCCUGAGCUGGACAACCUUUAUUUAUAUGUCGAUGUAACUAGAGCUUUCAUGGGUUCCCCCCAUUCAUGUUUUUACAUUAGAUUAUGAGCAUUUCUCUUGAUUCGAACCAACACAAAGUCGGCCUACUCAAAGCGACUGUUACUCGCACAUGACCACUUUUAUAGUCUCGAUUUGGUUUCUCACCUCACAGAAAAUACAGUUUCCUCUGUGUCUUAAACCCACCGCAACCGCUAUUUUCUAAAUAAAACAGAGCAUUCUGGUUACAUGAAACGCAUAUUUGUUUGUGCAAUAAAUGAUGAAUGUAGAAACCUCG